UAAGCAGAGGCUGACCCUCUCUGCCACUCUUGACUUGGCUGAGUUCCUCUCUUGGCUCGGGGUUAGUGAUCUGGUGUGGUCUAGGAGGCUUAGGACCCAGGGGGCGCCUUUCCGCUGAAAAACACCUCGGCUGCAGCAAGCUAGCUGGGAAGCUCCCAGUUCUAAAGAGAGGCUGUUUACCACAAGAGCAUAACAAGGGCCGGUCUGACUGCAAGGCUGAGAACGAGGAGGCAAGACCGCGGCCAAGGAGACCCCAUUUGGACCCUGGCUGUUCAGUCACCUGCAAGCCGGGAGAGGCGAGGAUGCUGCUGGCUUGGGUACAUGCAUUUCUUCUCAGCAACAUGCUUCUGGCAGGAGCCUAUGGAUCUGGAGGCUGCUUCUGGGACAACGGCCACCUGUACCGGGAGGACCAGCCCUCGCCCGCGCCGGGUCUCCGCUGCCUCAACUGGUUGGCCGCGCAAGGCGGCCGCGAGUCGCCCACCGAGCCCAGUGAGUGUCCGCCCGGGGAGGCGGGCGGGGUUGGAGGGCGGCGGCCGCGGCCCUUGACGUCUCUUCUCUCCGCCUCAGGCCCUGGCAACCACAACUACUGCCGGAACCCGGACCAGGACCCGCGUGGGCCCUGGUGCUACAUCAGCAGCGAGACCGGCGUCCCUGAGAAGCGGCCUUGCGAGGACGUGCGCUGUCCAGAGACCACUUCCCAAGCACCAGCAGCUUCUACAUCACAGCUGGAAGAGAAGUCUGAUGCACCAGGUGACGAAGAGGCACAGGUGUUCCCUCCUGCUAAUGUCCUGCCAGCCAGGAGUGAGGCAGCAGAGGUGCAGCCAGUGAUUGGGAUCAGUCAGCGUGUGAGGAUGAACUCCAAGGAGAAGAAGGACCUGGGAACUCUGGGCUAUGUGCUGGGCAUUACUAUGAUGGUGAUCAUCAUUGCCAUUGGAGUUGGCAUCAUCCUGGGCUACACUUACAAGAGGGGGAAGGACCUGAAAGACCAACACGAACAGAAAGUGUGUGAGAGGGAGAUGCAGCGAAUCACCUUGCCGCUGUCUGCCUUCACCAACCCUACCUGUGAGACCACGGACGAAAAGACCAUCAUUGUACACAGCAACCAGACUCCUGCUGACCCUCAGGAGGGCAGCACCCUCCUUGUGGGCCAGGCUGGCACCCCUGGGGCCUGAGCCCCUUCAGUGGGCAGGUGCCCAUGCAGACACUGGUACAGGACAGGCCACCCUCCUGCAGCUGGGAGGAGCUACAUUUUGUGUUGUGGUUAAAACCCUAUCCCAUUUUUCUUUUGAGCGGGAGAUGAGACUCCUCAUGACACAAGCAGAAGCAAGUGGCAUUAUGGGUGAGUGUGAGGAGGCUGGGUAGGGUCCCUCAGUGCUCUUUUCUAUCCCUUGGAGCAGGAUUCACCUGUGGAUAGUGACUGGCACAGUAGCCACAGUGGCGCUGUGGCACUAAGGGCUUCCACAUUGCCUGACCCGGGGAAAGACACCGAAGGUGCUGUACACCUAAGGUGGCCUCAGCCUCUGCCUUCCCAUUUGUCACCCAGGAACUUGAGUGGCGUAUACUGUUAUUCAUAGUUAAGGUCAAACAGGUCAUGCAUGAGGCAGCAUUAAAAACAAAAAAUAGAUAUAUAUAUAGUAUUUGGGAUGGAAGGUCCCCUCUGACUUCUGAGAACUAGAAAUGAAUUUAUACAACAGUCAGAACUUUAGGCUGCAAAUGGAUUCUAGAUGGGGGCUACUGGGUGUGCCCCAGCUUGCUGGCAGUGAUGUGCCUUGAUAACUGUGGGCCAGGCCUGGGCCCAAGGGACUCUUCCUGUUUUGUAAAGAAAGGGAAGAAUUCCAUAAACAUUCCACUUAGGAAGACACAGGAGAAGGGCCCACUUCUGUCUUCAGCCUCAGGUUUGGGUCUUCAGAUUGUCUCUUCAGGGGUGGAUAGGAACCUCUCCAUUUUGUGCUGAUAAGAGAAUAGCCACCCAACCCGUGGGAAUUAUAUAGUCAGCGGCUGGUGAACCUAGAGUAAGUCCAGAGGCUCGGUGACAAGGGCACGGAGGGGCUCACAGCAGCCCGAUGGCUCCAGGCCAGUGCCUUCCACAGGGCUGGGCUUGCAACCUGCACAAAACAAUCACUGAAGCGCUGGGAAGGACCUUCAGGGUCUCCAGAGAGGGAAAGUGUCUUGUCCAAGAUCAAAGCAACUUCUGGGUGGCCGGGAGUCCCCAGCCAGGCGCUCUCUAUUGCCCAACACAGAGAGGGUGGGUGGGGUCCACUCCCUUCACCAGGCUGCUGCCUGGAGCCAUCUGUUGAGGGGGCCUAGACCUCAGGGUUCCCAUGGUGGAAUUGACUAUGGGAAAGAGAACAGUACUACUUCCUACUUUUCUAUGAAAGUACUUCUCUGUGUGUAUGUUUUAUAUACCUCAUUCUGACACCUGUGUAUUAACUGUGGGAAAUUGCUCUGCAUUUGACUUAUAUAAACACAAAACACAA